AACCCAAUCAAACCCUACCUUCCACGUUUACACUAUAAAAAACAACACAAAACCCUAGCUGCCCUUCAGUCCAAAGUUCGUAUAUCCCACCUCCCCUUCCCUUCAUUUUCUGAGAGACCAAAUGGCCGCCGCCGCCGCAGCUGCGCGUCCCCUGGUCACAGUCCAGUCCUUGGAAGGCGACAUGGCCACAGACCAGACCCAAACCGUUGCCCUACCCGACGUCAUGAAGGCCUCGAUCCGGCCCGACAUCGUCACCUUCGUCCACUCCAAUAUUUCGAAGAACUCCCGCCAGCCCUACGCCGUCUCCAAGAAGGCCGGCCACCAGACCUCAGCCGAGUCCUGGGGUACCGGCCGAGCCGUCUCCCGUAUCCCUCGUGUCCCCGGCGGCGGGACCCACCGGGCCGGCCAGGGAGCUUUCGGCAACAUGUGCCGAGGUGGCCGCAUGUUCGCGCCCACCAAGAUCUGGCGCCGCUGGCACCGGAAGAUCAACGUCAACCAGAAGCGGUACGCCGUCGUUUCAGCGAUCGCCGCCUCGGCGGUGCCGUCUCUUGUUUUGGCCCGCGGGCACAAGAUUGAGACUGUUCCUGAAUUGCCCCUGGUUGUUAGCGACUCCAUUGAAGGUGUUGAGAAGACCUCGGCGGCUUUGAAGGUUUUGAAGCAGAUCGGGGCUUACUCCGAUGCUGAGAAGGCGAAGGACAGCCACUCGAUCCGACCUGGAAAGGGUAAGAUGAGGAACAGGCGCUAUAUUAACCGAAAGGGGCCGUUGAUUGUGUACGGGACUGAGGGGGCCAAGCUCGUGAAGGCGUUUAGGAACAUUCCUGGUAUUGAUAUCAUCAAUGUGGAGAGGCUUAACCUGUUGAAGCUUGCUCCCGGUGGGCAUUUGGGUCGGUUUGUCGUCUGGACCAAGUCGGCUUUCGAGAAAUUGGAUUCGAUCUAUGGCUCAUUUGAUAAGGUUUCUGAGAAGAAGAAUGGGUACGUGUUGCCGAGGUCGAAGAUGGUGAAUGCUGAUUUGGCGAGGAUUAUUAACUCCGAUGAGGUUCAGAGUGUUGUUAGGCCGAUCAAGAAGGAAGUGAAGAGGGCUCCAUUGAAGAAGAAUCCUCUGAAGAAUCUGAAUACCCUGCUUAAGUUGAAUCCUUAUGCAAAGACAGCUAGGAGAAUGUCUUUGUUGGCCGAGGCGGAGAGGGUCAAGGCUAAGAAGGAGAAGCUUGACAAGAAGAGGAAGCCCAUUUCUAAGGAGGAAGCUUCAACCAUCAAGGCAGCUGGUAAGGCAUGGUACCAAACGAUGAUCUCAGACAGCGACUACACAGAGUUUGACAACUUCACAAAGUGGCUUGGAGUAUCCCAGUAAUUUAUUUCUUUAAAAUUCUAAAGACGUUUUCAUAGUCCAUUUUGCUUUUUUUGGUUUACCAAUGUCUUUUGUUUCCUUGAGUUGGGGAUGAGGAGGAAAAUUGGUGUAGCAAGAGAGAAUAUUAUGAUGUGUUUUUCCUGCUGGGUUUUGUCUGGUAGACUAUUUUUGUCAUUCGUAACUGGAAUUAUAUUAGUUUAGUCUGUCAAUUUUGUUCCAUGACAAUGUCAGGCGUAUUUGUGUUUGAA